UCCAAAGUGUAAUCUUUGUCUCAGGUGAAGUAAAGCGGGAAGAUGAUGAAGAGGAAGAGAGAAGAGAAGGAGGACAUGGAUAUUGUGUGGCAGACCCCAGCAAAUCCCCCGCACCCGCAUGAUUACGUAGUUCGAAACGGAAUUCGAUUCGUUAAACCAUACUACUUCGAAUUUAUCGCUCAUGUUAAAAAUCGAUGGGCAGGGAAAACCAUUGUAGAUUUAUUCGCUGAGGAGUUUAAGGGUCGACCCUAUGAAUAUUAUGUUAGUGCUGUUCAAUGCGGAAGGAUUCAAGUUGAUGGUGAGAUUGUACCUGUUUCAUAUAUAGUUAAAUCAUCUCAAAAGAUAAGCCAUUUCUUGCACAGGCAUGAACCACCUGUGCUGGCUUGUGAAGUUCCAAUCCUUCAAAAGGAACCAGAUGUGCUAACUGUUUGUAAGCCACCAUCUGUCCCUGUACAUCCAUGUGGUCAAUAUCGAAAGAACACUGUUGUUGGCAUCCUUCAAGCAGAGCAUGGUUUGGCACCACUAUUUCCUGUUCAUCGACUGGAUCGCCUUGUCUCAGGACUUCUUAUUUUGGCCAGAAAUGCUUCCAAAGCUGACAUUUUUAGGCAACAGAUCGAAGCUGGCUUAGUCCGGAAACAGUAUAUAGCAAAAGUAGUUGGAGAAUUUCCUGAGGAUGAGCUACUUGUUGAUGCAAAUAUAGACUAUAAUGCACGAGAAGGAAGAAGCACAGCAGAGGUCAGAGACUCUGCAAAGGGCAAGGCUGCCUCUACAAAAUUUACUCGGAUUAGUACCAAUGGUACUGAAAGUAUUAUUUUAUGUGAACCUAUCACUGGCCGUACUCAUCAGAUACGAGUUCAUUUACAGUGUUCAGGUCACCCAAUAGCCAAUGACUUGCUGUACAUCUCAGAACAAACUGUUGAUCGAUCUAUUAAAGGGUUGAGUGCUGACAGAUCAGCAAGCAUAACUGAUGCUUCUCUGAAAUCAAAUUUUGAGGAAAAAGUGCUCAAUGAAUGUGAAGAAAAUUCCAAUGGAGAUUUUAGCAUUGAUCCCAUGUGUACAAACUGCCCAAAUUUGGCUCCCAAAGGAUAUGAUGGCAAUGAAGAAGGUCUUUGGCUACACUGUAUUCGGUACUCUGGACCUGGAUGGACUUACGAGUGCCCGUACCCUGAUUGGGCGAAACUUAGCUAGAUAUGUUUUUCAUGGGACACUUCAAACAAUUACAAGGACACUCUUUUCCUACCUUCUAACAGAAACGCCACUGAUUGAUCACUAGAUAUUUAUACAUCAUGGUACUUUCCCAUUUCGGCAGGUUAGUUAACAUGUAUUUAAUUUUGCUACUAUUCAGGAGAAGAAUUAUCAUUAUUAUAUUAUUUUUGUCCGUUGUCAUGACCGGGGAAAGGAAGAAUGGAAGAAACACGAGAUGUUUUCCAUUUGAAGAUGACUACGCGUUUUGUUUAGUGCAUAUGUACUUAAAACAUUUUGGUCAAAUCAUGUAUUACUUAUUAAACGUGAAUGUUUUGCUUUUGCCGACGUAGUGAGUGGAACAUGGAAGACAAGUUUAUUAAGGCAUAUGUUGUAACUUGUUACAGAUGUCUGGACCGUGGAGUAUGGACCAAUUUCGAAAAUGGGGUUCGUGUCUUAGUUAUUUUUUAUUAAUCCUAAAAAUGGUGCUGCCAACGGAUAUAACAUUUCUAUACUUAACUUCAAGCUU